GGUCGCUUUCCACCAAGGAUGCAUUACCAGGCCACUCCUGACAGCCGAGCUGCCCCUCAUUUUCCAAGGUCUCACCUUGCUGAAGCAGUUGCCAAAGCCAAGGCAGGCGGAGGUGGUGGUGGAAGCGCUGGUGGAACUGGGAGAGGUCUUGUGGGGCAGAUUAUCCCUAUAUAUGGAUUUGGCAUCUUCUUGUAUAUCCUGUACAUUUUAUUUAAGCUGGCUUCCAAGGGAAGAACUAUUGCUGGAGAGCGGAAAUGCCCUACUGCUGCACCUGGAAACAUGAAGAGGAAAAUUACUGACUAUGAGCUCACUCAACUCCAGGAAAAACUGAGGGAGACAGAAGAAGCUAUGGAAAAAUUAAUCAACAGAGUAGGACCUAACUGUGACAGGACUCAAAAUGUUACAACAGACCAGGAAAAAAGGUUGCUUCAGCAACUCCGAGAAAUUACUAGAGUUAUGAAAGAAGGAAAAUUCAUAGAUGGCAUCUCUCCUGAGAAGGAAGCUGAAGAAGCUCCUUACAUGGAGGACUGGGAAGGUUAUCCAGAAGAAACCUAUCCUGUCUAUGAUAAUUCUGAUUGCUUCAAGCGCAAACAGGACACAAUCCUUGUAGAUUACCCUGACCUGAGCCAGCCCUCUGCAGAAGAGCUGGCAGAAAGAAUGGAGGGCAUGGAAGAUGAGGAGCAUCUGUGCAACGCAACCCUGCUAUCUGAUCUCACCAUGGGAAGGGGUGGUCAUGCUUUAAUGCAGGAAAAGGAUGAGAUAACUGGCAUCAGUGAAGAGGAGAGGGGCCUUCAUGAUAGCCAAAGCAUUGAGGAGUGCUGCUGCUGUUACGAGGAUGAUGAUCCUGCUGUCAUAGCAGAGAACGCUGGAUUCCACUCUGAGAGCUGCAGUGAAGCAGAAGAGUCAACCCAAGAGGACCUGUCUGUGGAGUCAGAAAAUGAAAAUGCAGCACUGAAAAGGCAAAAAGCCAGUGAUUCAGAUGAAACUGGCACACUGAGAAAGCGCAACACAAAAGGACUUGAGUAAGAGAGACAAUACUGGAUGUUAUCUAGAUGGUGAAGGCAAAGGUCAUUUGUCAAACUGUCAUUUGUGUGGUUUUUGUUCCCGAUGAAGACUUCUCUUUGUUCAUCUCCUUGUACCAAUUUAAUUCCUAUGGUAACAAGCAGUCGCGUCAUCUACCUGAACUGGAAGCCAAUGCCCU